CACAAGAUUCGGCGGCGACGGCUUGAGAGGUUGGCGUCGUCUAAGGUGGAAGGUAACUGGGACGCUCGUCGACGCUUCGAAGGAGAUCUCGCCGCGAAAAGUACAGCAGGAAAGUUAAGUGAAGCACAGCACAUCCGAAGCAUCAACGGGUAUAGGCCUGUGUACUCAGAUCGCGCCAGUAUCGUAUCGUCAGUUGAUUCAGUUCAGUCAGUAUUUGUUUUAGUAGUGUGUUCGCGUCCGUCGAACAAGUAGCACGCAUGUAUUAGGAGAGAGUUAUGAUGAUAACGCGUGUUGUGGCGGUGCUAAGGAUCCACGGUUGGCACCGGGGCCGGCCUAGCAUUGCCACGGGUGACAGACAGUGACAGUGAGAUACAGUGCGACACUAUGUCCCAGUCAUGGUGAAAACGCUGUUUCUGGGACUGCUAGCUGCUUCGAUUUGUGGUUUCUUGUACGCCGCUCCAGCCGCCGAACCCUACACUAAUUCAAAACUACCCUUAACUUUGGACAACUCUUCUUCGUCUUCCUCUGACGAUUCACCGCUGGAGGACCCUGCGGCCCGCAGCGAACGGAGUACCAAUCUCUCUCACGUUACUGGUACCGCCAGAAAAAUACAAAUGUUUAUAAAAAAUAGACAUUUGCAAAUAUUACCUGACGGAACUGUCAAUGGCACCACCGAUGACACUAGUGCUUACUCUAUAUUGCAGAGAACGACCGUCGGUAUUGGCCAAAUGAAGAUUCAGGGAGUUGCUACCUGUCAGUAUUUAUGCAUGGCUAGGUGUGGAUUGCUUUACGGAUCGAGAGAGUUUGGAGACGAAUGCGUGUUCAAUGAGACCAUAGAACAAUCCAACUACAACACAUACUCAUCCAGUAAAUACUCAAAUGAUAAAAGGACCUUUUAUUUGGCGUUGAACCAGCGUGGCCAAUCUCGCAAAGUGGUGCUGCGUGCUCGAAAACCCCUAGGAAGACUGUCCUCGUACACGCUUGUCCUCACGAGAAACGUGGCUCCAGAGCUUCACCCGAUGAGGCACCACGGCCACGUCUGUCCCCCCGUACCCCACCAAACAAAGUCCCACCCCGCCCAUCAGCGUUGUCCCAAGCGAAGGAAACGGAAGAAGAAGAAACGAAAAUGUUCGAAUGACGAAAACGACCCCGAAUUUUGUCACAAAAGACUAAACGUAUCGAAACACAAGGCGCAAAAUCGAAAUAUUCAUAAGUGCGACGAGAACAGGGACAGUGAAAUGUGCCAAAGAGACGUGAUUAAAAAGAAACAAAAUAGGUUAAAUAGUGACAAAACAGUAGUGAGUGAUCCCAAAAGAAAAAAGAAAAUUCGGAAAGGCCAAGGCGUCAGGAAGAGGCCUGUUGAGGUAGCUGAAACUACAACUACGACUAUGGCGCCCACGUCCACACCUAGUGAAGAUACUACUAAUGAUGAGGACUACGCUGUAGAUGCAUAUACCCAUCCAGAAUGGGAAGACUCAACUUCUCUUCCUGACAUACCUAUGGCUGUCUCCGACGCUAAACCCCAUUUAGAUUCUGACUGACUCGCGCUUUUUUCUUUUUAUUUAUUCUAUUAUUUAUUGUAUGUACAUGUAAAUAAUUAUCUAUAAGUCAAUAUACCUCACCGUUGUAUAGACUUUAUUUUUUAUUCCUUUCCAAAUAGUUAAAUC